GGGAGUUGGCAGUUGGAAGCCGGCAGCAGCCCAGUGAAGGCGAGGAUGAGCAGCGAGAGGAGAAUGAGCCGAAGCCAGCAAUUGGGGGAAAAGAUCGCGGGCGAGAAGGGGCCGCGCAGGAAGCUUCGAAUGAAAAAUCGUAUCCUAAUACACCAUCACACUUGAAAACAGAAACAGCUUGGCUUUACCUGAACCAUGAUGGCAGAAUCACUGCCCUUCUCCAUAGGCAACCCGGUGCCCAGCUGGGAACUCGAGGCCUGGUAUGAGGACCUGCAGGAGGUGCUCUCUUUGGAUGUAACUAAUCGGACGGACCCCCCUGUGGCAGGACAGGAACAGAAGGAGUUUGAUGACAUUGACAAUGCUGCACUCCUGUGGAACCUGGAGGAUUCGGAUCCCUUGGAGCCCAGUGGGGAGGAGGUAGCUGGAAAUUGCGAGUUGGGCCCCGACCUCACGGAUGAGCUCCUGGAACUGCUAAAUGAGGAGCCCACAGGCCCUGCUGAGUCGGACUCGAGCCACAGCUCCCCCGCCCAGACUGGUACAGACGAGGAGGAGGGGGUGUCUACCAGCCGGAAGAGGAAGCGCAGUGGGCAGCCCCGAGGAGGCAAGAGGCAGCGCGGCAGAGAGCGGGAGCAGCAGAACGAGCGCAGGGUGGCUGAGCUGACGGCCCACAAUGAGCAUCUCCAGCGGGAAAUAGAGCGGCUGAGCGCUGAGGUGGAAGCUACAAGGGCGGCGCUCAUCCAGCGUAUGGUGAGCCUGAAGACUUAAUGGAUCGGGGGCGCUUCCUGUCAGUCCUUGCUUUGGGCCAAACCGAAAGAGACUUGUUCCCCACCUGAUCAUCUCCGACUUCACACAGCAUGCUGGCUUUGGACUGGCACUGCGCAUUUCUCCUCUGGCCUUCGCGAGGUUGCUUUGCAGAACUGAACCACGAAAGGUGAACAUGCAGCCAGACUGUUUCAGGUGAUGGGGGGACCCCCGUGCCCAGAGAAACACUGCCUUUGAGUGCUCACACCUGAUGGCUCUGCCUUUACAAACUGGCUGAACUAUUAGCCACCACCCUCUUGCCAAAAAAGAGGGGGAAUGUGGGGGGGGGGAAGGGCUUUGUGUAUGUAGGUCUGUAUAGAACAGCUUUUGUAUUUACACCUCUGCACUUAAGCAAAUAAAAUAUUUAUUUUACACCGUGUAA